AUGCCUCCUAAAAAGUAUUUCCCGUUUUCACUUCAGCAAGGAAUAACGGCAGUGGAUAUGAUUUUAAGAGUCUGCGUGGUUAACGUUUACCAGGAAAGUAGGGUAUCUACAAGGGUGGAAAUCAUAGCUGAUUUACCACACGUUUUAACAGUUAGCAUUUUGAGAUAGGAUCCCCCUAAAUCAAUAAUUCUUGGGUGCACCCUCCCAAAUUUAUACGUUGGCAUCGAGAUUUUUUGCGGCGGUGAAGGCAAUGGAAAAAGAGAAAAAUAUAAGUGAAAGAGCAAAACUGUAACUCUGUAAGUACAUCACACUUUUUGAUACAUUUCUUCGCUGUCAUUUUACGACUUGUGUGUUUCUGUAACAGGGCGUGGACACACGACCCAACUUUUUUUGUCUGUUUUAGCAUUAACAGCUAACUAAAACAUAGUCCUGUACAAAACAAACAAACAGAUAAACAGAUACAAAGAAAAUCAAUACAGAAAGUAGCAGAUACCGCUUAUGUUUCCUUAAGACAGCUCCCUAAUAAAUUAUCAUUAGAACGCUGACAAAAUGGUAUCUUUUUUGAUUUGCAGCAGCCGUCGAAGGCCAGUCUUUGUGGUUUAUGGACCCUUUUUUCAUUUCAUACGAAGUUACUGAAGGAGAAAAUGUAGUAAUCGAUUGCGCAACCUUCCAGGAGGCAUAUCACACCGGACUUUUAUAUGAAUAUGGUCAAGUGCCGCCGUUUGAGCUUGUACCCGAUGGGAAAAAACUCAUGCGAAAAGACCAGAUCUUCACUAUAAAUAACGUAACCGCACGGGAUGAAGGGAUCUACUAUUGUGUAGCCAAAGACAAACAACUCGUGGAAUACGAGAGGAAAGCGGGAGAGAUUAUUCUUAUCUCUUGUAAGUGUAAAUUUCUUAUAUACUUGCGUGUAUACACUUUUACAAAUGCCUUCCCUAGAACACAGAUGAAGGUAGAGGCUAGACUGUGACUCCCUCUUUCCGCCCGACCCUCCUAGAUUCUAAGCGAAUAGCCCUGGAGACCAGGUUGCCCCUUGUAUGGAGAGGUUAGGCAAGCUUAGUCUUAGCAAGACUCAGUUUUAACGGUCAGAAUGACAGUAAAUUCGGUGCUAUCAUCAACUGACUCAACACAAAGGGUUGAAAGAAACUGAAAAGUCCACAUCAUACUACAAAAAGAACUUAACGAUACUUUCUGCACCCUACAAUCCCUACAAAAAUCCAAGAAUAGACCGUAAAAGAAGCAUAUAACCUUAUGCUUCUGACCGUAAACGUGUUCGUAGUAUUUGCAUGACAAACAGGUAAUUUCGCCUUUGAAGCGACUUUGGAACGGUUUUGAUUCAAAAGCCGAACUUUUCAUGUACCGAACCUAAUGCAUAACUUAUUAUAACGUAUUUUGUAAGCAGUUUGACCGAAAUGCGCAUUUUCCGCCUUUUGAACUUAGUUCAGCUGCAAUUAAGAUCAGUGUCUGAAUCAAUUCAGCCGGUCUAAAUAAUUUGGGUCGUGAAUUAGGUUCGGUUCAUGAAAAAUUCGGCGACAAUUUUAACAUGGUCAGUUGUAGUCAAUCAAUAAUUGAUUCGUUAUCCUUUUUCCUGUAGCGAAACCGGCAGCUGUAGAUUUUGAGAUUGAGAAGUCAGACGACUCUCCUAAGGAAGAGACAGUGGCCAUGAAACUGGCUGCAAGCAAGCCCUAUCUUUUCUUUAAACAAAAGUCCCCACUGCGCAUCAACAUGAAAAACCAAAAGCCCUUUGAACUGAGUGUGUCAGCCAAAGGACUUCAACCAAUCAAAUUGCAGUGGAAAAAGGACGACCACGAGUUAAUGAUUGGAAGCAGGUACAAGACCUAUGACAGCGGUCGGCUUAUGACAGUGGACCCUCCAUUUACAAUGGAAGACGGUGGCACUUACAGUGUCUCAGCAUGUAAUUCUAAGGGCUGUACCGUCAAAGGUGUCCAGGUGCUGUUUUACGGUGAGUAUUGGAUUGCGUAAGUUUGCUUCAUAGAUUAAGGUUUAUCUGUCGGGAUUCUGUAGUCACUAGGGUACAGAGGGUAAUAAGGCUCUUUUUUCCUGUUCGCCCUAUAGGCACCGCAUCAACCUCGUCCCCAGGGCUUUUCCCUCAAAAAAUGGGUGAAGCCCUGGGGACGAGGUUGGCGCCGCAUAGGCUUACUUUGUGGAAAGGGAGAAGGGUGGGAUUUCCUUUUAGCUUGCCAGACCUGUUUCUAACGUCAUGCUACUGCCCUGCCGAACUCAAUUCAUAACUUGUAAAUGGAUUAGAAUACAUUUUAAAAGUUCACUAAAAUCGCUUUUUAUUUUAAAGUUUUGUUUUCCGCAACGGCUAUUUUUAUUCAACUAGUGAGUUAAAUUCGACCUCUGAAACCAAGUCUUGCUACGGUCGUGCUAGAACCGGGCUAAAAUCGAGCCAGUUUAGAUCAGCAGAAGCACGACGUUUGAAACAGGCGUUUCUCCCCUUCUUCUUCCCCAUGGCUGCCUAAAAAGUUUGUGAAAGACCAAUAUAGACCAAAAAUAAGAUAUAGAAAGAGAAAUAGGAUAGCUGAAAAACGGUGAAAUUUUUUUUUUUUUUUUUUGUAUUUUAAUGAAUUUUUUGUUUUAAAAUGUUUUACAUUUUUUUACAUUCUGACUUAUGAACACGGAACACGUAAAGAAAAGAUACAAAAAACGGAAAGGAAAACUAAACAUUAUAUAUACAUCGCAGACUAACACACAAUUACAUACUUACAAAGAAGAAAACAAACGAAACAAAAACCCAGUACCUUCUUUUCUAUUUACAUGAAAAAAAAAAGUAAAAUAAAAUAAAUAAAUAAUAAAGAUUAAUAAUAAAUAAAGUAAGCGGAGAAGAGAUCGUAUGCUAAUCAGUUUUAUAUUUGCCUCAUUUCAAAACGGUGAAAUGACCUACUUCUUCCAAAUGAAUUUUUCCAAACGAUCGCGAAAUGCGGUGUUUUCCCUGCGGUGUUUUCCCAGGGAAAUUUCUAGCCAUGCCCCAGGGGUAGCGCAGUUGUACGAAGGCCGAUUAGCGCUAACAUAGGGUUAUGUUUUAAUAAUAUAUAAAAUAUCAGCAAGUCUACCGGCGAAAAACCAAUAAGUGGUGCCGGAUCUCCCAGUUGUAGACCUGUAUCAGUACAAUAACAACUUGUAUCAUCCAGACCCUGAGAUAAGGUGGGGGGGCGUUCUCCCAAAAGGCCCGUGUGGCCUCAGUUUGGUCUAACAAUAAUGGGGGGGCAGGGGGCCCGCCCCCUCCCCGGAUCUGCCACUGUAACUCGGGUUUCAUUUCACGUUUGAAAUCAAAUUUCGCACCAACAUUGGGUUGCUUAUCCAAACUUUGUCCAACCUAGCCCUGGGCUAUUAGGGACAGCAGCAAAAUCCCUAGCAGACACUUUAAUGACUUGAACUUCCCCCGGAGAACUUCCACUUGUAGGGACUACGAACAUGUGAUUCUCUUAUUUGCAGUGAUACAGAAUAACACCCAGAUGGUUCAAGAUGAUGAGGAAGGAAGCGUAGAGCCGGAGAAAGGUAUUUUCCCGCUGUUAUUUGCCCCUUUGUGCUACCGAUCUUGGUAAAAGUAAUGAAAUUACUUACCGUAUUUAUUCGAUUAACCGCCCUGAGCGCUUGUUAAAUUUUUGGACCUUGAUAGUGGGCGCUUAUUCGAGGCUGGGCGCUUAAUAAAUUUUCACCAUUCUCAGCAAGUUUAGUAUGUUUAUUUUGCAACAAAAUAAUAAAUGGUAACAAUAAAAAGCGAAGAUGUAACAAAGCAAGAUUUCUGUAAAAUACUCUGAAGAAAACUCUGUCUUCGGGAGGGUCUCUUAUUAUCUCUUACUGGAGUUUUUGUGGGAGGAAGUGGGGUGGGGGUGGGCGCUUAUUCGAGGCUGGGCGCUUAUUAACUUUUUCUGCCUUUAGGAUGGGCGCUUAUUCGAGGUGGGCGCUAAUUCGAGGUUGGGCGCUUAUUCGAAUAAAUACAGUAAAUGAUAAAAGGGUGGAAAAGGGUGCACGGGUGAUAAAAGGGUCACGUGAGCCGGCAUACCACUGUUCCCCACUAUGGGGUCUUGUUCUAACUAAGAUUUCCCCAGAGUCGUUCUUAGUAAAAUUCUUAACUAUUUUUACUAAGAUUCCAGAAGUGAUUUUUAACCAAGAAUCUUUGUAAGAAUCACUAUCGGAUUCUUAGUAAGAAUAGAUAAGAGACUUACUAAGUAUGACAAUGGACAUUUUAGUGAGAAUGGGUAAGAUUCUUGGUGAAAAUCACUAUUGGAAUCUUAGUAAGAAAUGAGGUAAGAAUCUUUGUAAGAAUAACUAUGGGAAUCUAAGUAAGAAUAGGUGAGAAUCUUGGUUCGUUAAUCUUCCCGUGCGCAUAUCUUCCCAAUCUCACGCUACGCUCCUGCUUAGUACUUACAAAGUACUUGGUUGUUCAAUUCAUGAUCAGGGUUGAUGGAUGCAGUGUCAAGGGGUUCGGAUACUGAACCCCUAGACCCGUGGCCAGUGAUUGCUUCCGCUGGCCAAACAAAUAUGUCUCCCGAGUAUUAUACAGUUGACUCCCGAUAACUCGAACCUCGCGCUAACUAGAACCAAAAUCGAUUUCCCCUGGACUCCGUCACACAUUUACUGUAAUUUUACCCUCGGUAACUCGAAGCCUCGAUAACUCGAAACUCCCGCUAACUCGAAGUAAUUUUUGUUUCCCCUCAGAUCACUUCUAUAUAAUUUUACCCCCGAUAACUCGAGCCAUGUUUUGAGCCCAUAAAAAGUCGGGAAAAAAGAGUGUACUGCCUCCGAAACAUUGAAUUUUGAAUUUCCCAUUGACGUGUUGUAGGCAUAUAGUUUACUAGUGGAUCGAUAGUGGAGGCUGAUUUUGUUUGCCACAAAUCUAACGUGAAAUAGCUUUACUUCUCAAAAAGUAAAAUGCAUGCUCUACUUAGGCAACGUUUUGUUACUAUACGUUCUGAUUUAUAAUCUAACAGUAUCUUUCAAUUUUUACUAUUAAAUGUGAUUAGAAUACUCACUGUGCAGUAAUAACUGUUUUUUCCUUACUCCCGGCUAUUUUCUUCGAGCUCCCGAUAACUCGAACCUUUUACGAUUUCCCUUGAAGGUUCGAGUUAUCGGGAGUCGACUGUACUUGAAGUUACAAUUGCAAAGGACAGAGAUGAACUUUGAAAAAGUGUGAGGCAGAACUGUUCUCAGAGACCCUAAUUACUGAAUCCGUUUCCUGAAUCCGGCGUCUCAGUUGGCCAUUCGUGCCUUCACUUGUAUUUCCCAUUUUUGUGGAAAUAUUUCUUCGUCGUUUCAGUUAUUUACUUAAUGUCUUAAUCAUUUUGGACAUAAGUUCCCGGUGGAUGAAUUUGACUGAAUUACAUGACAAAGCUACAAUUAUCUUUAGUUGAAUGCGGAAGCUAUAAACUUGUUUUUUUUCUUUCUUCCAACAGGCGAAGGAUUCAUUGGAAAUUUUUUGAAGAAAUAUGGACUCUUAGGAAUCCCUUUGGGGAUUGCCAUUAUUCUCGUCAUUGCCAUUUCUUGUGUAUCAGGGGAAAAAGAAGAAGUCGAGGAAGCUCCUCCUGAGUAAGUAGUCUAUCAUUAGGGAGUUUUUACAAGACAUUUUUGAUUGACACACGUCAACCGGAAGUGAGGCGUUUUGAAAGGACCUGUACAAAAAUGAGGGGAAAACCGGUGCCGACUAUUGCAAAAUGUCUACUUCCGGUUGACCAGCCUCCCUCAAGAAUGUCUUUCAGCUACCUAAUAAUAGCUUAUUUUGAAGGCAAGGGAUCGUGGUUCAAAUUUGGUCUGAAGAUAAGCGACUUAUGCAACUAAGAAUUUGAAUUUCUCAUAUCUUCUGGGAGGACAACAGAAAAUACAUCGUUUAAUAAAAUGUCCAUGGUAUCGGUGUAAUCUUUCUUCCUAGCACAAAUGCCAUAAGGUUUAUAGACUUGCGCACCAUUUGACAAUGUCGUAAAAGCGAUCAGGUGGCCCAAGCAAAACGGAUUUUUACAAAGUCUAUACGGUGUUUUGUAAGAAUGGAUCAUUAAAGCACUAACCCUCAAGCUGUACCAAUGAAAGUAAUUUGCGCUUUUGAUGUCAGCAUUGCAAUUAAGAUUUACUGCUUUACAGUCAAACUUCUCUACAAUUGAGAAGGGAUUAACUCGGGUGGUCGUUAAGGAAGAAGUUCGGCUGUAUUCACCUAACAAGUGGCUUCUGACAGACCUUUCUUCAGACCGGCAGCAACAACUACCGACGAGUUUGUUGUUGUUGUUGUUAUUGCUGUUCUCUGUUGGGUAAUCAUCUCCAUUCAAACUGAAUGUAAUAUUUAAUUUUACAGGCAAGAAACUAAAAUAAAGAUCAUUGAGAAGAUUCGCAUUCACAAAGAAAGGUUCCCAUUCAUAAAGAAAAAAGUGACGAGGCCUCCGGUGCCAUUGGCGCCACCGGGGCCGAGGUAAGUUUGCAUGUUGCUACCAUUUCCAAUUUUCUUUUUUACUUUUUUUAUGUCAGGUAUCAACCUAGUCUUGUUGACCUUUUUUAGUUACUCGCAUUGUACGGCUCUCUAACGCCCGGCUCUAUAAUUCCCGCAGUAGCAAGACUGAUUACAAAAAUCAGCGUGUUUGUUAUACGGCUUUGAUCCUCCCUGAUAAUGAGUCGUCUAACCACCCCAUAGAAAAAACAUGGAUUGAGUUGCCCCAUUCGUAUUCUUUAGCCCCUAGCAAGCUCUUCAUGUACGGCGAGUGAAGCGAGCCGUAAGAGAACACGCGAGCCCUUACCACUCGCGUCUCCUUUUGCGUGCUGCCUUUGCGUGACUUCUCGCGACUCCCCCAAAUUAAGAGCCUGCUCGCAGGCCCUCGCAGGCUAGUAUUUCCUUAGUGCGACCCUAUGAUUUCAGUUGCUUUAAAGCAAAAUGUAUGCAUUAUAUAUUGACUAACGGUGAGGUGAAGAUGGCUGGAUAUUGGCCACAAAUUCGUUUCUGCGUUUUUGUGGACUGAGGCGAAGUGGUGGUCCAUAAUAGCGAGUUUACGCAAAAGGAGGGCAGGAAGAAGAGGACGGCAAAACGCUCAUGUGUGACAAACGUGACAGGGAAAUAGCUUACAUGUUUUGUCGUAAUCUUCACUUAAUAUUAAUGUUUUCUGGUCUUUUACAAAAAGAUCUGUUUAAAGGAGAGUGAAGUUUGACAAAAAGUUUUUUCAGGCAAAAUCAUUGUGACGUUUGUCACACAAGGUUUGGCGUCUUCCUCCUUCUCCCGUUCUGUUGCGUAAGUUCACUAAUAACCCAAAAAAAGAACGAAGCCGAUAUCCAGCCAUCUUAUUCAACAAGCAAGCCUAAUAUAAAUAAUCAAUAAUCUAUUAUAUGGCUGAAAACAGAACUUUUUCAUGCUGGACCAACGCCAGGAGCCUAUGACCCUUUUCGCGGGAAACUAGCCGUUCUAUUUAUAAAUCUACUCGGGAAAGGGUUGACGCAAGAAAUCAGUGGAGAUAGAGGCUCCUAGUGAUGGGCUCCUGACCAACGCUGGAAAUCUCGAGCGUGGCCCACUUGGGUAGCCAAUCAGAACACAUGAUUCGUUUCAUUUUGUCGACUCGCAGAUUCAGGAUUCAGCCAUUAUAGUAACAUAGGAAACGGAAACAUCAAUAUUAUCGCUUCUUUGCUAUCUAUACUAGUUCCUGCGUUCAAGGGUGAUACAACAUAACGUUUUCGUUCUGGAACGCGUCCUGUUUCAUCGAGGGAACUACCAAAUGAAAGAGGCGGAGAUGCUUGUCGAAAUGUUAGAAUAAGACUCGCCCUAAAGGAGAGCAGUUUGGGCGUGACUGAAGCUUCAUUUGACCCCUAAAAUAAGAAGACCAUACUCCAACACUGUAUAACGGCAUUUGUUUUUUGUAUACUUAUUUCUUUAAGGACAAACCGAUACCUAUAGGGGAAAUAAACAUUGGAUUUCUGUUCUGAACAUCCUCCGUGAGACAUACAUCUUAGCCUGUGUAACAAGCGUGUCCGUUUCGUUUCGUAGCAAAGAAAGACCGAGGAACGGGACUGUCGGUUUUGGCCGCACGAGAAAUGAGAAGAGAGCCAUUUUUCGCGCGGUCUUUGACUCUCUUUCAUCGUUCUUUGCUCCGAAACCGCACGGAAACGCCUGCAACGCAUGCUACAUACAUCUUCAAUCAACCUCGUCCCCAGGGCUUUUCCCUCAAAAAAUGGGUGGGGCCCCACCUAUUUUUUGAGGGAAAAGCCCUGGGGACGAGGUUGAUCUGCAAUUUUGUUGUCCUUCCUGAGCAUCCUCAGUGAGAACAAAGACUGCAAUUUCUGUCCCUACGUGUGCGAAACGACGAGCAUCCCCAUCAUGCUCCUAGGGACCCCUCCCCCCCCCUCCCCCCUCCUCUGGUCAUAGUCUAACCACAGGUAACCCAAGCUCGAAAUCUGGGCAUCGGCGAGCAUCGGCAUUGUUGCGUAACAUUCAAUAUGUAAGGAUCUAUAUGGGAAAAAACCUAUCGUUUCUGUAACCUACGAAAAUGAAAGGAUUUCAAUAAAAAACAGCUUACCUUACUUAAAAUGUGUGUUACGUCUCUCCUGUGUGGUCCACGGGUCGAUUUAUGGCCGUUUAUGCUCAUAUUUCGAGCUUGGGCUACCUGUGGUCUAACUGACCUUAUUGUCCUUAUUUCCACGAUCACCUGUCUUUUGCAGAAAAAGAAAGCUUACGAAUGUCAGUUAUUUCAUAACAAUGAAAUUAUGUUCAAGAGAAUUGUAAACUGAGUUCACUUUGAAAUUAACCCAGUUUAUUUUGCGUAUUUUUAGAGUCUACAGUAAUCCAAUUUAUCUGUAAUUGGUGGACAACUUUACUCAUCUAUUAUGAUUGCCUUUUUUCGUUACAGUGGCGGGGGACGAACGGCUUCGCUAUGGAGUUGGCAGUCGGAUUCUAGUGGGGAUGAAAUGCCGGAUUAUGACAAAAUGAAAACUAAGAAAAAACCGCCUCGAAAGCGUAGCCAGAUGAGCCAUUCGAGUUUUGAAGAGUUUGAACAGACAUAUGAUCAUCAUGUGGAAUGUAAGAUACGUUACCGUUUUGAGUUCACAUUUACUUUCUUCCCUUCUACAGUGAAAUGAGGAUCUGAAUGGGGUGUACCUCGAUAACACUAAACUCUUCAUUUUUGGUUUUGUAACAUGAAACAGUUACAUUUCAGGCAUUUUAACACUAACAGUAAAAAAUUCUUUAAAACAGUAAAUUUUUUGCAGAAAAAAGCAAAAACGGCUCCCAAAAGGUCAAUGAUAAGGAAUUUACGGCCAUUUUUACGUUAAUUCUGGAUUUUUCAGAAGAUUUCCGAAGGCUACCGACAAUUCCCGAAGACUGUCGAAGAUUUCCAAAGACUAACGAAGAGGUCUGACCAUUGCCGAAGAUGUCCUAAGAACCCUCGAAACACUCAACAGCAUUUUCUUCGGGAAACAGUAAACAUUAAAAAAAAUGGCCAAUUUAACAGCAAAAACUUAAAAUUAUGCGCAAAUAAUAUUCAACUAAACCCCCAUUCAGUUGAAAAGACCCUGGGCAUUGGUCUGUCCACAGGGAUCGAACUUGUGACCUCUUUCCACUCCCCUGUCUGACUAUGCUCUUUGUAUGGGUCUUAACCACAAAUUUAUUACAAAAUGAAGCCUUGUGUUAAGUACAGUCGAACCUCUCUCAUACGGACACCGAACGGACAGAGCGAAGUGUACGUAUUAGAGGGGUGUCCGUAUAAAAGAGGUCACUAUGACGACGUCACUUUUAUGACUCCACUUACAGUUUUUCAAAAGGGGUUCAGUAGCUAUUUAUAAAACCAGGCUCACACUCGUCUUUAAACUGCAUUUAAAGUUAUUAAUUCACAAAAUAAAGACACUGUCUUUCUGUGGCAUACAACAUUGUACAUCUCAGCUACAGACAAAUUACUGUUUUAAAACGAUACGAGCUACAGCGCCCUGGUACAGCGCAAUGAUGCAUGUAAAACUUUGUAACGUAAAGCACAAUUUUGAAAGCGUCUUUCGCUAUUUUGCAAGUGCAGUAAAUAAUAACUAGAGUACAAAAUGUCAUAGAAAAGAUCUUAAUGCCGUCUGUAGUUGUUGAAGCCUUCGAAACGUCGGUUAUGUCCCUCUGCACACCUUUCGCAAAUCGUUGUUUGGUAUACAGCGACUGGGCUGUAUAUCACCUUGCAUAGCUCGCCAGCCAGACUAGACGGGAUUCACCCGGUGCAGAUUCACCUGAUCGGGAUUCGGGAUUCACCUGAUCACCGCACCAUCCAUAAUAAAGAGGUUAAGUUUAUAUGGAUUUACUCUCGGAGCGAAGAUUUCAGAGAUUUUAGACUCCGUUGUCUGUGUUAGAGAGAGUCCGUAUUAUAGAGGGCUUUUUUAAAGAAAAUAUAUGAGAAUUUUGUCUGGACAAUGGAAAAUGUCCGUGUAAGAAAGGUGUCCGUACCGAGAGAUUCGACUGUACACGGACUCGCUGGUAGCUAACCCAUUGUAUGGUCGUGUAAUUUGGAAGAAGGAGAAUUCUCAUAGAAAGCACAGAAAAAAUUCCGGGCUCCAGGUGAGAAUCGAACUCUUGACCCUCCGAGUUCUAGUUCGGAUGAUCUAACCACUGAGCCACUGGAGACUCUAUGGCGAGCAGGGCCGGAAUUUAAUUAUGGCUACACCAGGUCAUAAAGGACUUUAAACCGUCUUUAAACCUCGCGUCUGGGGCUUUUCGCUUGGAAAAUGGGAGGUCGGGCGCCCCUCCCAUAUACUAAUGAAGAAACCCUGAGGAAAGAGAUAGGCCGUCACUGUAUAGUUCCUUCAGCAUUAGAAAGUGCUAUACUUUCUCUGUUUGAUGAAAAUGGCUGCGAGGUUGCCAAAUGAUUCCAUUCUUUUCUUUAGAUGACGAGUUUCACUACGAAACAGAAGGAGACCACUAUGACGAAGCAUAUGGUCCCGGACUACACCGACAAUACAGCACAGACGGAGAAAUUUAUCACGAUCAUGACAUCAUGGGAUACAACGAGCAUGGAGGGCAGCGAGAAAGCCAUACUACAAUACACAUUGAAGAUGACGAUCAGCCCGAAAGCUCCAGUUAUGGUCACGGCCAUUACAGUACUACGGAUAUCAGAGAACAGUCACACCGCUAUCAGGACAACGGGAAAAGAUGGAGCGAGACCGGAGAUAGUCGACAUUCUUACCACACUGACGAAACUUCAGACAGAGGUAAUAGGCUUGUUUCAUUUGCGGUGAUUCAGUGUUCUGAGAAUGUAAAAGAACGCUGGGUGGUAAAACUUCUCUUCUUGUCGUUUCCUUCUGUUGCCUUGUCGCUUUGACCUCUCACAAAUCUGUCGCCUGAGAAAGUCGAUCUCAAAUACCGUAUUUCCUCCAAUAAUAGCCGUCCCACGAUUAAUCGCCUUCCUCGAUCGCGAAUAAUCGCCCCCUUUGUCGGAAAUAUUUAAAUAAUCGCCUUCCCCUCAAAUAAUUGCCCCCCCGCCCGAGCCUCUCGCCAUCUUAUCUGCAGGGAUACCCAUAACGGGAAAUUUGGAGGUUGAAGCUGAAGUAGAGUCCAGCAAAACCGAUCAGUGACGAUUCAAGCUCUGACGCCGAGGAUGUUGAAAAUUAACUAGGAACCAAAUAUGGAACACUUUUAAAAAGCCCAUGUUCCGUUUAUUUGAUUUGACAAUUUUUUGAUUUCGAAUGUGUUAAAAAAAACAACAAAAUAUUUAGGGCACUUCCACUGAGCAAUAUCUGAAAUAAUCGCCCGCGACUAUUAUUCGAGGAAAUACGGUAUAUCCUCUUUCUUAACGACCUUUAGCCCGUUACCUGCAGCUAGUUGAAGGAUACCCAAUUUUGGGGGAAGAGUAAUAUGAUCUAGAGAUAUAUAAUAAAUAAUUAGCGUCUAAUGGUAUCUCAAGCAAUUCCUUCAGCAAGGACACGCUACCAAACUCCGCGACAGGCUAGCAUUUUGCACAUGGUCACAGUCAUAUGACCAUGUUCAAGCAUGGCCCCAUUUGCAGAGGAACCGGUUUUUCUGUAAUGUAGAAAGCCCAAGAAGAUCACGCAUAAUUUUCCUUUCUUCUCCAGAUUACGAUCUUGACGAACUGAUCUUUGCAUCCGUCAAUGUUCAGGGUGGAGUCCAACCCAUGAGAGCACAAGUGUUACAAAACAGGGAAGCCCAGUCCUCAGCAGUAGCUCAGGCAAAUGCUCACGUCAUUGACAUGUAUGAUGAUGGCGAAGAUUUUGGGUUCCAUCCUGAUACCUUUGAGUUCGACUGA